AUGGAACAGGCUCAGUAUUGGAUGUGGAUGAGGAGGAGACAUGGGUUUUUAAAGUCCCAUUUUCAAGUAUCAGUGAACUCUUUAGCUGAUUCCUGGGAAGAAAAAGCUUUUGCAGAAGAUGCGGCAGGGUCUUUGGGGGGAUGUAUUUGGCCUCCUAGAUCAUAUUCUUGUAGUUUUUGCAGGAGAGAAUUCAGGUCAGCUCAAGCUCUGGGUGGUCACAUGAAUGUUCAUAGAAGAGAUAGAGCUAGGCUUAAACAAUCUGUUUGUCCCAACAAUGAAGUUGUUCCUCAUCAAAAUCACAACCAAAAUCCUGAGCCCAAAUUCCCACAUGAGACUGAUGAUCUGGACCAUAACCCUAGUACUGUUGCCUCAAGUUUUUCAGCUUCUAGGGUUUCAGCUUUAUCUACUCAUGAAAAUUUUACAACUUAUUCCAUAGUUCAAGAAGAGCACAAAGCGCAGUUAUUUGGGUCAGAUUCUACUGCAAAAAGAACUCUCAACAACAUUAUUAUUUCAUCUGAUUCAAAACCUGACGCAGAAAAGAGUAUCAAGCUGGUAGGGGAAGAUUCUAUGUGCCAACAUUCCGAUCAUGAUCACGUUGAAACCAAUUUGUCUGUUGGGUUGAAUUCUGUCUUUUUCCAAAACCGACCAACUGUGACUUGUGGAGAUGAGGCAAUCAAUUACAAACGUCCAAAGAUUGCUGUUUCAACACUGCCGUUUUUAGUUUCAAAAGAGCAAUAUUCUCCUCUUCAAUGGCAGGUUCUUGGAAUUAAGCCUGCAGCAGGCUCCAUGGAGGACUUGGAUCUUGAGCUCAGGCUUGGUGUUUUACAGUAAUGGAUGGAUCAAAGUAUUGCAACAGAAAUCAACAAAUCAAUAUAUCAGUCUAACUUUGAUUUUCUUGUUCCUUCAUGUCACUUCUUUGAUAUUCACUGGAAAACAGGCCAAGGCGUAUAAUUGUGCACUGCAGAUAAUGAAAGCUUAUUUUCCAAUCAUGUUUCUUAUAUUCCGAUAUAUCUAUAGUAUAGCAUCUUAGUUUUUCCGGCUUUUUUAUCUGUUUUGACAUUCCAACUCUCUUUUUUUUUCUGAUGAUGAAGAUAAUGAUUUGGAGAUUAUGAUAAAUGCUAGA